CUCGCAGACAAAGAAAAAUGUUUUCUUCUCAACAGCUAUUUCACUCUCUUUGCAUAUGCUUCACCUUCUUUUCAUUGAUUGCUCAAGCUUCUGUUCCUCCUUCUGCAACCUUCAAAUACGUCAAUGAAGGCGAAUUUGGGGAGUAUAUUGUGGAGUAUGAUGCUAAUUACCGACCCUUAAAGCCUUUUGCCCGACCAUUUCAACUUUGCUUUUAUAACACUACUCCUAAUGCAUAUACUCUUGCUCUGCGCAUGGGUACAGUGAGAUCUGAGUCACUUAUGCGUUGGGUUUGGGAAGCUAACCGAGGCAACCCAGUCGGCGAAAAUGCCACCUUCACUUUUGGAACUGAUGGAAACCUUGUCUUGGCCGAUGCCGAUGGCCGGAUCGCUUGGCAAACCAACACUGCGAAUAAAGGCAUUGUUGGAUUCAAGUUACUCUCAAAUGGUAACAUGAUCCUUCAUGAUUCUAAAGGCAGUUUUAUUUGGCAGAGUUUUGAUCAUCCCUCUGAUACCCUUUUAGUUGGCCAGUCUCUAAAGUUUGGAGCUGCAACCAAGCUUACGAAUCGCGUCUCUGAAAAGAAGAACGCUAAUGGUCCUUAUAGUUUGGUUUUGGAAGACAAAACUCUAGCUAUGUAUUACAGAAGUCCAAAUUCUCCAAAACCAUUGCUUUAUUUCUCGUUUUCUAAAUUUGGUGUAUUAAAAGCUCCUUUGCGUCAAGCAACAUUUGGGUCAGGUUUAUCUUUAGAAUUCCAUGGUCCUAAUUUAUCUUCUUUGGGAACUCUCACUUUUAGAAAGCCUAGAUACAAUACCACAUUGUCUUAUCUUCGGUUGGAAAUGGAUGGAAAUCUCAGAAUACACACUUAUGAAGAUAAUGCAGAUUGGAAUGCUUGGCAAGUGACAUACACUCUGUUUUCUAGAGACUCUAGUGAAUCAGAAUGCUAUUUGCCAGAAAGGUGUGGAAACUUUGGGUUAUGUGAGGAUGAUCAAUGUGUUGCUUGCCCAUCACCAAAAGGCUUGGUGGGUUGGAGCAAGAAUUGCGAGGUGACAAAAGUAUCUUCAUGUGGAGUGAAAGAUUUUUACUACUAUAAACUAGAAGGAGUUGACCAUUUCAAUUCCAAGUAUACAAAUGGAGAUGGACCCAUGAAGCAGGGUACUUGUGGCAGCAAAUGCUCUAAGGAUUGCAAGUGUUUGGGUUAUUUCUACCAUACACAGUCAUCCAGAUGCUGGAUUGCCUAUGAUUUGAAAACUUUGACAAAAAUUGAUAACUCUACACAUUUGGCCUUCAUUAAGGCACCAAACAAGUGACUUUUAGGUGUCUUUUUUUAGUUUGGGCUGAAGAUUUAUGUGCACACAAUAAUUGGAAGGCUGGGGAAGAAGAAUAUAUCCCAAGUUAUUU